ACGAAAAAGAUUAAAAAACUAAUAUCUCAAUAUGCCUAUCAACUUGUACAUAAAUGGGAAACUUCCCUCUUCUUCUCCAUUGCAGCAAUCCCAACAAGCCCCCACCCAACCACCGUUCUGCCUCACCGUGGUGCUUUAUUCUCACGCUUCACCGGUGGCAGACGGUGUCUACUGUAACUGUGGUGAGAUGGGGCAGAGCAUGAGCUGUGGAACGAGACCGGAGCACGGUAUUAUAUUCGCCUCCGUGCAGUACGGCGACGUCGUUACUAUGCGUCGAGUGAUGACGGCGGAUCCGAGUCUGUUGCAUCAGACCACUCCUUACGAUCGCCACUCCGUUCUCCACGUCGCUGCUGCUAGUGGCCAUAUCGAGAUUUUGACCUUGCUUUUGGAACGGUUUAAGAAUCCAGAUGUGUUGAAUCGUCACAAGCAGACUCCGUUGAUGUUGGCUGCUAUGUAUGGGAGGAUCUCUUGCGUCAAGAAGCUCACUGAAGUUGGAGCUAAUGUUUUGAUGUUCGAUUAUGUCAAUAGAAGAACAUGUUUGCACUACGCAGCUUACUAUGGACACGCUGAUUGUGUUCAAGCCAUUCUCUCUGCUGCUCAAUCAAGUCCCGUCGCUGUUCAUUGGGGAUAUGCGAGAUUUGUGAAUAUUAGAGAUGACAAAGGAGCAACACCGUUGCAUCUAGCUGCCAGGCAAAGACGCCCUGAAUGUGUUAAUGUUCUCUUGGAUAGUGGUUCUCUUGUUUGUGCUUCUACUAGCUUAUACGGGUCUCCAGGAAGCACGCCUCUUCAUUUGGCAGCAAGAAGCGGGUCUAUCGAUUGUGUCCGAAAAUUGCUUGCUUGGGGUGCUGACCGUCUUCAAAGAGACGCUUCUGGGCGGAUACCUUAUGUUGUUGCCAUGAAACACAAGCAUGGAGCAUGUGGAGCGUUGCUUAACCCGUCUUCUGCAGAGCCACUGGUCUGGCCAUCUCCGUUAAAAUUCAUCAGCGAGCUUAAUGAAGCGGCAAAAUUGCUCUUAGAACAGGCUCUAAUGGAUGCUAACAGAGAAAGAGAGGAAACCAUUCUCAAAGGAACUGCUUACUCCUUACCAUCACCAUCUUUCUCUGACACCGCCUCAGAUGAUAACAUGUCUGAGAUGAGUGACUCGGAACUCUGUUGCAUUUGCUUUGAGCAAGCAUGCACGAUUGAAGUCAAAGACUGUGGUCACCAAAUGUGCGCGCAAUGCACACUUGCACUGUGCUGUCACAACAAACCUAACCCAACGACCUCAACCGUGACACCACCGGUGUGCCCGUUCUGUAGAAGUGUCAUCGUACGGUUAGUCGUCGCCCAGAACAACAACAACGACAAGAGCAAGAGCAAGAGCCAGAAUGAAGUUGUUGAUCGUGAGGCAGGUGAGGUAAACUGUUCAAAACUCAGAAAGCAUAGAAAAUCGAUUAACCACGGCGAAGAAAGCAGCAGUUUCAUGGGUCUUUCAAGUAUUGGAUCGUUCGGAAGGAUAACCGGCCGUGGCUCGGGGAGGAUCGCAGCUGACAACGAGCUGAUGGACAAACCUAUUUUGUGAGGAUCGGUUCCACGUAUCAGUAAGGGGUGAAAUGUAUAAAAUAGUUGGAUGAACUUUAUUGGGUAGAACUUUUGUAGUCGGGAGGGAGAUUGAAAUAAUGCAAUGAUUUGUUGCUUUUUUGAUAAGUUUGUCAAAAAAAGAAAUUGUUUGUUAUUAUUUGAUUACUUAUUUUGUAUGGGAGUUGAUAAAUCUUCUCGUCUUUGUCUCACUUGUUUGUUUUAUAUAAAAUUUAAUAUUAUUACUA